UUAUAUAUACAUACACGCACACACACACACAUACACUUAUCCCUGCUUCGCUUGCCCUUCAGAACCUCGCAAUUUAGCAUUAACAUAAGAAGCUAUAUGACAGUUUCAAAAAUGGUGGGCUACGAAGAACAUCAUGCUGCAGAAGAUGUUCCUCAUGUUCAACCUGACCCCUUCGUGUUGGAGACUGAUCAUUUGCAAAACCAACUCAAAGAAAAACUUAGGGAACUUGCAACUUGUCAGAGUGAAAUCAAGGCCUCAAGGGCAACCGAAUCACUGAAGGAUAAGGCCAUAGAAGAGCUGAGAACUGAAGUGAACAAACUGGAAGAAAAACUAAGAGUUGCAGAGGAUAUUGUUGAGCACAAGAAUCUAGAAGUCAAAAAGUUGAGUGAUGAGAAGAAGGAUGCAUUGGCUGCACAGUAUGCUGCAGAAACAACUCUCAGAAGGUUACAUGCGAAUCAAAAGGAUGAUGAAUCAGUUCCAGUUCACACUGUAAUUGCUCCUCUUGAGGCCGAGAUCAAGAUGUGUAAGAAUGAGAUUGCAGCUCUACAAGAAGAUAAGAAAGCUUUGGAACGGCUCACGAAGACAAAAGAAUCGGCGUUGCUUGAAGCAGAGAGGAUUCUGAGGAGUGCAUUGGACAGGGCUUUAAUAGUUGAGGAAGUUCAAAAUCAGAAUUUUGACUUGAAGAGACAGAUUGAGAUUUGCAAGGAGGAGAACAAAAUCUUAGAGAAAACCCAUCGCCAGAAGGUUUUGGAAGUCGAAAAACUUAGCCAAACCAUUGAACAACUAGAAGAGGUCAUAUUGGCUAGUGGAGCCACUGCUAAUGCUGUUCGGGAUUAUCAACGACAGAUUUCUGAGUUGCAGGAAGAGAAGAGAACACUGGAGAGGGAACUAGCAAGGAUAAAAGUUUCAGCCAACAGAGUAGCUACUGUUGUGGCUAAUGAGUGGAAGGAUGAAAAUGAAAAAGUCAUGCCUGUCAAGCAAUGGCUUGAAGAGAGGAGGAUUAUGCAGGCAGAGAUGCAAAGGAUGAAAGACAAGUUAGCGAUAUCGGAUAGAACAGCUAAGGCAGAGGCACAGUUAAAGGAUAAACUAAAGCUAAGGCUAAAGACACUGGAAGAAGGAAUGAAGAAUAUCUCAAGUCAAGCGAUGAAUUCCUCUGCAGCUUCUGGGUCUCCAAAAGUAGAAAAGUCCAACAUCUUAGGUUUCCUAACGAGUAGUGGUGCACUAAGAAAGAGAUCCACAUCACAACCAAGAGCAUCUUCUGUUGGAGGUUCUCUCUUUCAUCAGCCAAACAUAAAAAUCAACAAUGACAAUAAUAAAGCCAAAUAUGGUUCUGUAGAAAAUGCAUUCAAGAAAGGCAUAUGGGUAUCUUCAAGAAGUAAAGUUGCUGACAGUGGUGAGAAGGAAAAUGAAACAGUAAUGCAGAUGAAGCACACAGACAUAAUGAAUUUGAAUGUUAAUGACAAUAAUAACGUGGAAGACGAGUCCAAAUGCAAGAUAAGUAGUGAAGUUGGAGGGGAUGAAAAUGAUGUGGUCUCAGGCUUUCUAUAUGAUAAGCUUCAGAAAGAGGUCAUCAGCCUGAGAAAGUAUUGCGAAGCUAAAGAUUGUAGUUUGCAGGCCAAGGAUGAAGAAAUAAAGAUGCUCAUGAAGAAGGUUGAGGCACUGAGUAAGGCGAUGGAAUUAGAGUGGAAGAAAACAAAAAGAGAAGCAGCUGCAAGGGAGAAGGAAACUGCAACAACAAAGGUUGAUGAUAAUAAGACACGCAGAAGCAUGAUUUCAUCCAAAAGAGUGAUGAAAGAAAGAUGAAGAUUCUGGAUUUGAUUUGGAUCGUUUAAGUAGCUUGGUCGAUCAGUGAAUUUUUUGGGAUUAUUUUAUGCACACAGAGGAUCAAAAUUCAGUGAGGUUAUUAUUUCUUGAAAUUAAGUUUCAUUGAUAUUUGAUACAAGGUUAUGUGGGAUGGCUUUGUACAUACAUAUAAGCUUUUUUUGUUUCCCUCUACAUACAUAUAAGCUUUGUGAGUUUCUUAUGUCAUUAGAGAGAUGAUUUGCAAAGGAGUGGGUUUGACAUUGUUACAAUAUCAGCCUGUUUACUCAGAAAAACUAAUCCGUCAGUGCUUGAGAUUUGUCAUGAUAUAACAAUUGUCUCUGUUUCUGGAAGCUUAAUGUAGCAUGACUUUAGAGUCAUUUAUAGUAAGCAUUAAUGAUGUUCGUGUGUUUGUGUGUGUGUACUACCUAUGAUGUAUACAAAGAC